CUACAGCUCAUGUCUGGGAAGUGAAUGGCUGUGGAAAAUGUCUCUUUUGUGACUGAGUUUAUCCUUUUGGGAUUAACAGAUCAACCUGAGCUCCAGCUGCCCCUGUUUUUUCUAUUCUUGAUGAAUUGUGUGGUCACUGUGGUGGGGAAUUUAUGCCUAAUUAAUCUUAUUUGCCUCAGUUCCAGCCUUUAUACCCCCAUGUACUUUUUCCUCUUCAAUCUGUCCUUCAUCGAUUUCUGCUGUUCAUUUGUCUUUACCCCUAAAAUACUCAUGAGCUUUAAUUCAGAGAAAAACAUCUCCUUUGCAGGAUGCAUGAUUCAGCUAUUUUUCUUCUGCUUCUUUGUUAGCUCUGAGUUCUAUGUGCUGACAGCCAUGGCCUAUGAUUGCUACAUGGCCAUCUGUAAGCCCCUGCUGUACACCGUCACCAUGACCCCUAAGGUGUGUUCUCUGCUCAUGUCUGCUUCAUACAUGAUGGGGUUUGCUGGUGCGAUGGCUCACACAGGGUGCAUGAUCAGGCUGACAUUUUGUGAUUCCAACAUCAUUACCCACUACAUGUGUGACAUCUACCCCCUGCUCCAGCUCUCCUGCAGCAGCACCUAUGCCAAUGAGCUCCUGGCUUCAAUUGGUGUGGGCAUAGUUAUCAUAGUAUCUGGUCUCAUUAUCUGUAUCUCUUAUGCUCUGAUUCUUUUCAGUAUCCUUCACAGGUCAUCUCCUAAGGGCUGGUCCAAAGCCUUCAGCACCUGUGGCUCCCACUUAAUAACAGUUGUCCUUUUCUGUGGAUCUGCGCUGCUCACUCAUGUCAAGACAUUAUCUGCUGGGUCUUUGAGACAGGAGAAGUUUUCCUCACUGCUUUAUACCAAUGUGGUGCCCAUGCUGAACCCCCUUAUCUACAGCCUGAGGAACAAGGAUGUCAAACUUGCUCUGAAGAACACCCUGAAGAGAAUAACAAACAGAGCAGAUCCAGUGGUGCUGCCUUAG